AUGUUGCGGUCGCCAGACAAGCUUUACAGUUCCAACCCUGACAUCAAUAAAUCAGGUGAGCCAAGCAGUAUGAAUACUCGAAAGCGUAAACACGAUAGCGACUUCUCAGAGGCUCUCAAAACUUUUACCUCAGAGAUACAUAGUACUUUGCAUGACUGGAAAAAGGAAAUUCAAGACGAAGUAUCCGGAAUUAAAAACAAUUUGGACCUUGUAUUAAAAACUGAUCUUGAGAAAUUAAAUGCAUCCUACGCUGAAAUAAAGUCGGAAAUAAGCAGUGUUCGUCAGGAAUAUCACAAAAUUAAAAAGUCAGUCCAAUCUCUUAACUUAAAUCACAAUGAGGUAAUGAAGCAAAUCAUAGUUUUAGAAAACUAUGUACAGUUCAAUAGCGACCAAUGCGACAACGUCCAAAAGAAAACGGAAUUUAUAGCCGUUAAUAAAAAAGAAGAAAGAGCCAACUGUCAAGGCUGA